AAGACGUCCCUUGAAGUAUUCAUUCACGAGUGACAAGACUAGCGCUGUACAGACAUCCACGAGCGCAGUGCCACGCUGACGCACGAAGUUCAGCACCAAAACAAGACGGUGGUGAAAGGUGUCGUGCAGCACGCGCACACACCGACGCAACCAUUGUGGAGUGUACUAACCUGGAAGCGAGGAGCAGAGCAGCGGAGCACAGAGAAAGGGUUCAAAUGGAUAUUGAUCUUCCGUUAAACGUUAACCUCUUUGGAUAACCUGGGGAUUCUAAAACUGUGCGUUUUGCAGUUGGAACAUCCAGCCAGGAUUCUAACAACGGAAAAACCAACAAAGUGAAAGACAAAGACAAGGAUUUAUAUAUAUUUUUUAUUUUUAUGAAUUUUCCCUCAACACUGGAAUAGGGAGCUUUGGGAUACAGUGUGAUAUAUAUUUGCGGCUGACGCAGCUGCGGUGGAUAAGCGACGAUGGCAGCUUGGUUCACUUUUACGAUCGCAUUCGCCACCACAAUACUAACACAGGUAUUCGGAUCUGGUGUUUUUGAACUAGAUCUACAUGAAUUUAAAAACAGCAAAGGAUUGCUGGCCAAUGGCAACUCGUGCAGGCUCAACUGCAGGACUUUCUUUCGGGUUUGUCUAAAGAAUUACCAAGAGGUAGUGUCGCCAGGUGACUGCAUCUUUGGGACAGAGGUGACUGCUGUCCUGGGAACCAACUCGUUUAGCACCAAGGACGGGGACUCUUCCGAAACACUCAUCCAACUGCCUUUCAACUUUGGCUGGCCGGGAUCGUUUUCCUUGAUAAUUGAAGCAUGGUAUUCACCUUCAGCGGAUCAACCUUUAGAAACAAGCAACCCAGAAUUGUUGAUAAGUUUCUUUGCUAUCCAGAGAAGGUUGAGUGUAGGGACCACCUGGUCUCAGGAUGUUCAGAGCGGCCAACAGACGGAGCUAAGGUAUUCUUACCGCUUCAUCUGCAAUGAAAAUUACUACGGAGACACUUGUUCCAAAUUAUGCACGCCAAGGGACGACCGCUUCGGACACUAUACCUGCGACCGCGACGGGCAGUUGUCCUGUCUGCCCGGCUGGAAGGGGAAAUACUGCGAAGAACCCAUCUGCCUGGAGGGAUGCAGUGAAGGGAAUGGGAACUGCUCCAAACCUGGCGAAUGUCUAUGCAGAGAAGGUUGGCAGGGUCUGUUCUGUGACGAAUGUAAGAAGUACCCGGCCUGCAAGCAUGGCACCUGCAAGCAGCCCUGGCAGUGCAACUGCCAGGAGGGCUGGGGAGGACUGUUCUGUGACCAGGAUCUGAACUUCUGCACCCACCACCGGCCAUGUGUGAACGGGGCCACCUGUAUGAACACGGGCCAGGGCAGCUACACCUGCACCUGUCCCCCAGGGUUCACUGGGGUGAACUGUGAACUGGAGCUCCAGGUGUGUGACAGCAACCCCUGCAGGAACGGAGGACUGUGCCUGAACCUGGAUGUGGGCUACAGGUGCUCGUGUCCUCAGGGCUUCGAGGGGUCACACUGCGAACACAGCCUGCUGACCUGCGCCGACUCACCCUGCUUCCACGGCGGACAGUGCCGCCCAAAGGACAGCGGACGCAGCUACGUCUGCGAGUGUCCUCCCGGAUACACCGGCCUCAACUGUGAGAGGAGAGUGGACAAGUGCACGUCCCUGCUCUGCGCCAACGGCGGUCUGUGUGUGAUCCACAGCGGCUUGCGGCUGUGUAGCUGCCGCUCGGGUUUCACCGGGCAACGCUGCGAGGUCAACAUCAACGAGUGUGCCGGGAACCCCUGCGCCAACGGAGGGACGUGCCUGGAUCGCAUCAACGACUACACCUGCGCCUGCCCCCCCGGAUUCGCCGGGCGAAACUGUGACCGCGUCCUGGACGAGUGUUCCCUGCACCCCUGUCUCAACGAUGGCCUCUGUACCGGGGGAGGGGGCCCCGGGAAACCCCCGGCCACCUGCGUCUGUCCCCCAGAGUUCACUGGACCCCGCUGCCAGUUCUUCGCCGUGACGUUGCCAGUCAGUGGAGACGGUUCCACCGGAGAGAGCCAAGAUGGCUUCCAGUGGGCUGCGGUUUCCUUGGCUGCAGGGCUGGUGGCUGUGAUGGUGCUGUUGUGCAUGGUGGGCCUGGCUCUGAGGCACAUCCGCAUGCAGGCGGGCAGGGACCGGGGAGACCGGGAGACCAUGAACAACCUAUCAGACGUUCAGAGGGACAACCUUAUCCCCGCCUCCCAGCUGAAGAACACCAAUCAGAAGGUGGGACUAGAGGUGGACUGCGAAUCGGAAAAGUUGAACUUUAUCCAUAAGAACUAUCACUUGGACUCGUAUAGUAACACGAAGUCGAAGGAGUUCAAGGACGAUACGUCGCUAGAGGAAAAAAGACAGAGUCACACCUACGAAAAGUGUUUAGAAGAGAAAAUUCCACUGAAUAAAAUGUACAGUGAAAACACGGAGUGUAGGAUAUCAACAAUAUGUUCCCCUCGGGACUCCCAGAUCUACCAGUCCGUGUUUGUUAUAGGAGAAGAGAGGAGGGAGUGCGUCAUAGCAACAGAGGUAUAAGCUGUGGGGUGGGGGGGUUGAACAGCGUUGGAAGAGGAGAAACACACAAUCGAGGCAGAAAUCAUUUUUCUGGAUUGUUUACAAAAAAACCUGAGGAGAGACUGGAGACCAUUUAUGAUGCCUCUGUUGAUGUCACUGUUGAUGUCAGUGCUGCUCUGAAACACUUGAGACCUGGACAGAGAGAGAGAGGAGUGAGGGAGAAAAAGAGACAGACAGACAGAGAGAAAGAGCGGGAUGAAUAACUCCUCUACUCUGUAAACGAAAAAACACUAGACUGAGAACUUUACUGAACUUUAUUGUACACUGAGUGUUUGUAUAUAAGAUGUACUAGACUUCUGUAAAUCAAACGGUCAAUUAAGUGGUUGAAAUUUACUGUGGAGAAUGGAGGGACUGGUCAAACUUUCAGCAAGCAAAGCAAUGAACAUGACCCGAAUUGUUUUUCGUGGCAAGGAGAGAGUAGGUGCAGCAAGACAAAUGUCCUGAGCGCGCCUGGCCUCGUAGCUGACCCCUGACUGACCCCCAGGGAUAAUCAUGGUGACUGGGACAGCCGACUAAUCACAGUGGAAGUGCCUGAGAUGUGAGCGAUCUCUGACCCCCUAGCCAGCAUCAUUCGCCAGCUAUGCAAGACCCAGGGUCCAGUGUGCAACUGACUCGUCGUAACUCAACCGGCAACUGCCAAGACCCACCUACUGACCGGCUGUCCAAACCGCCACAAGCAGAAACACUGAGGACGAUGAAUGUCUGGCUGAACAAUCAAACAAACGUCUCAACUGUCAAUCACUGCAGACAAACGCCUAAUCAGACUUUCAUCGACUUUCCAAUGCAAACGGUGAAGAGAUUGUACGCAGCCCAAAAUCACUAGAAGCCUUAAACUAAAACAUCGGGUUCACGUUCAAGAACGUGUGCCCGUGUCUUAUCUUGGAUUGUUUGCACUACCAAAAGAAAAUCAGAGGUGAAAAGUACACGUUUUAAAUCAAUUGUGUGUUCCAAAUUGCACCAUAUUCUCUAUGAAGUGCACUACUUUUGACAGGAGCCUUAUGGGCCUGCACUCGUCAUACUGAAUAAGGUAUAGAUAUUUGGGAUGCAGAAGAAUUAACCAAAGGGGCGCAGUACAAGGGAAACUGACAGUUUAUAUGCAACAAGGCCUACAUCCCAAAUGGCGCUCUAUUCUAUAUCUAGUGCACUAGCUUCAUGCAGAGGGUUAUAGGCCCUGAUUAGAGUGGUGCUCUGUGUAGGGAAUAAGGUAUAAUUAUGGAUGCUGACAAACAGCCCUGAGAUGAAACAGGAUUCAUGAAAGACUGUCAAACCACUGCCUGCCUAUGAUGACCAAUAAUGUAAUUAUUUUGUAAUGAAGAAUAUGAUUAUUUCCAGAGUUUAAUUUAAAUAUUGUUGACUGCUCUUUAUAUGUUUUAUAAUAUUAUUUUGUAUAUAAUGCAUAUUUAUAAGGACCAAACUUCUGAAGAAUAAAAACUUUAAUUAAA